AUGGCAAAUGUAUCGCGACAGCCAAUAGCUUCACUGCAAUCGAAAAUGCAAAAUACCAUUAUCAUUGGAGCCAUCAUAAGAAGUCAAAAUUCAAAGAUUAUUGACCCUACAAGGGCAAGAUAUAAUAUGGAAUCUCGAGCAGUUUGGAACUUCACUCUGAGAGAUACGAUAGAUGACUUCAUCAAUGUAGCUGUUUGGGGCACUGUUGAUUAUAUUAAUAAGUUAUUCACAACUUUUCAUAUUGGAAGUAUUGUUGAAGUCAUCAAUGCGAAAAUAACAGAACGCAAGCCCGAUGAUCCAAAUGAAGUCUACGUUCCAACGGUAUCGAGUCCUUACACACUGACUCUCAGCCAGAAUUCAUCAUUGAUCCAAAUGCACACUAGCCCAGCUUCUCAAUUUUUUCAAAAUUUACUUCACUUGCCAACAAAAGAUCCAGCUGGAACUAUUACUUUGGCGUACAUUUUGGAGAACAAUGAAAUGCUAAAAAAUCAGUUCGUUGAUGUACUUGUUGGUGUAACUUUUGUUAGUCAAACUCGUGAAAUUGUAACUCGACAGGGAGAGUUGACGAAGAUUCGCGAAUUUGAAGUAGGCGAUGGGUCAACAGAACAAAUAGUUUCAUUGACUCUCUGGGAUAGCGAGUGGAUAAAGCUUGCUGAUCAAUGGCAACCAAAACAAACUAUUUUGUUUUUGGCAGAUGCUCAAAUCACUUAUAAUAGCAGGAUCAAGAAAUCAGCUCUCACGAUAGUUAGAAAAACGGUGAUCACAGAAAAUCCCCAUGUUGUUGAAAGUAAAGAAUUGAGGGCUGUACUACAAAGUAAACCAGAACAUGGAUCUAUGUCUCCGUUUGCUGUUCCAAAUCCUAAUUCUAUAACAAAGCAGAUGACAAUUCGUGAAAUAACUGCAAGAAUCAAUUGUGCACUAACCAAUCCAACUGAUGAACGAAUGCAACUACUGGUAGCCGUAACUACAAUCAUUGAUGAUAUGAAUCUUGAUUCUACUGACCCAACUGUAAUAAGUGCUAGAUGCGCAAAAUGCAAAAAAGUCGUCAGUGACGGUAAAGAUUCUUGCAUGAAUUUGGAAUGCCCUUUUGGAAAUGGAAUAAAAAGUCCGAUGAAUGUCAUGAGCUUAAAUAUCAUGGUAACUUUAAGAGAUGAUUCAGGAUAUUUGGUGGGAUGUCGCUUAAAAGAUGCUGCUGCAGAAACUGUUCUUGGGUGUACUGCAGAUGUACUCAAAGAUAUGCCCCGUGAAGAACGUAUGAUCUUAAAAGAAAAAUACGUUGACAAGCUAUGUACUGUGCGUAUGCAAAUACUAGGACCAUCUGCUGUAUACGAGAAACCCAUCUACAAUAUUCUUGCUAUUGAUUUAGUAGAACUAAAGGAUGAUCGAUUUGAACCCUUUGAUAUUGAAGAAUUAAAUUCAACCUAUGAUGAAAUUAAUCACUAAAUAUUAUAGAUAGCUAAACUUACAAAAUGAUUCUCAAUAAAUAGUUAAUUUGGUAUGAUUAAUUGUAGUUGGCUUAAUAAAUAAGUGUGAAAUAUUAUAAUAUUCCUGUGCGUAUAAAAAAAAAUUUAUCGAAUUGCUCAAUAAAAUUAUUUUAGCUCGAUGUAAAUAGAAUUGGUAUGCAAA